UUUUUGAACCCUAAAUUAUAAUUUCUGCGGCCGCCGGAAGGCGACGGCGGGCAAGCAUCGGCAACCUCGCUCAAAAUUUCCCUCCCGUCUAGUCCAACAGGAUGAAUCCCAACUCGAUCGCUCUUCAGGUUUCCACAGUCAAAACCUCAACUCUGCACUUGUUUCGAAGGUCGAUCGAUCUUUCCUCCUCUUACUCAGGCGGUAAAAUUCACUGCACUGAGGCCAAGAGACUAUCCUUGAAUCUCACCAGAUCACCAUACGCUCCACGCAAACAUUUGCCAGUUCUGGGGCAGAGAUUCGUCUCUCCGAAGUUCACGAGCCAUUUCGAGCGAGAAAAUACGAGGGAAGAUUCGAUCACACCUACACCGGAUGUCGAGCGAAGCAAGUUUGAUGAUGUUUUGAGCAUUCUAAAGAGUGCGAAUUCCAUUAUCCCCCACGUAGUACUGGCAAGUACUGUACUGGCUCUAGUUUAUCCACCGUCUUUUACGUGGUUCACAACCAGGUUUUAUGCGCCAGCACUGGGUUUUUUGAUGUUUGCUGUUGGUGUUAACUUGAGUCCCAAGGAUUUUCUAGAAGCUAUUAGAAGACCAGAAGUUAUCGCUGCCGGAUAUGCCGGACAAUUCAUCAUAAAGCCUAUCCUUGGUUACAUCUUUGGCUCUAUUGCAGUUUCAAUUUUGAAUCUUCCUAAUUCUUUAGGUGCGGGGAUCAUGCUUGUUUCAUGUGUUAGUGGAGCACAGUUAUCAAAUUAUGCAACUUUUCUGACAGAUCCACCUAUGGCCCCUCUAAGCAUUGUUAUGACAUCUCUGUCAACAGCCACAGCUGUGUUUGUUACCCCUACUUUAUCAUUGCUGCUCAUUGGGAAAAAAUUACCUGUUGAUGUAAUUGGAAUGAUGUCCAGUAUUAUGCAGAUUGUUGUUGCACCAAUUGCAGCGGGAUUGCUUUUGAACAGGUUUCUUCCGAGUAUUUGUGCAGCUGUUCAACCCUUUCUCCCGCCUCUUUCCGUUUUAGUAACAGCCCUUUGUGUUGGUUCUCCUUUAGCAAUAAACAUCGAUGCGGUGAUCUCUCCUUUUGGAGUAGCAGUUUUGCUUCUAAUUUUUGGAUUUCAUGCAUCAGCUUUUAUAGCUGGAUAUGGUCUUUCUGGAUUGGUAUUUCGCAAGGUUGAUGAUGUAAAAGCACUGCAAAGAACAAUUUCGUAUCAGACAGGAAUGCAAAGCAGUCUUCUAGCCCUUGCACUGGCGAACAGAUUUUUCCAGGAUCCGCUUGUGGGUGUUCCUCCUGCCAUAUCUGUAGUGUUGAUGUCUCUGAUGGGAUUUGCUCUAGUAUUGCUGUGGUCCCACAAGCCAUCGCAGCAUUGAGUAUCAAAACUUUUCCUCACUGGUAAUU